CACCCCCAGCGAAUGAAACAGCAGAAGAAGAAGAAUUGAACGUUUCCCGGUAGUUGAAGCGCCUUAGGUCCUACUUUAGGUGACUAACAAUUGCUUUUCGACCCCCCGUGCAAGGUACCAAGAAAAGGAUUUAAAUGCCACUUAACGACUUUAUCCAGUCAACACAUCAUGUGGAUUCCCCCAUAUUAGCUGUUUACUGGCGACCUGUGACUUUAAGAAUCAUCGCUGGAACCAAAGACUGAGAAAUGGAGGAGGGCUCGGAGGUGAUGGAGAAUAUUGUCUUCCGAGGAGCAGAAUUUGCAGUGAAGGUAGAAGUGGAUAAGGGCGUACUGCUGGUGGAAAUAUCUGAUUCAAAAACGGCAGAUCAGUGGAAGGGAGAAUUUGAUCCGGCGUACAUUGAAGAUCUCACGCGGAAAACGGGCAACUUCAAACAGUUUCCAAUAUUUUGUAGCAUGUUGGAGUCUGCCGUCAGAAAGACGAGUGAUUCUGUCACACUCGACUUGCUGACCUACGCAGACCUCGAGCUUCUGCGGAACAGGAAAGCGGGAGUAGUCGGCCGCCCUCGAGGCCAUCCGCAGUCGUCCGCCCUCACCGCCAAACGCUACCUUAUUCUCAUCUACACUGUGGAGUUUGACAGGUUGCCGUGCCUUUGCUUAUUUGUUUCCUUUUUCUUUGACGUUGCGUGCUCGCUGCCGACUCGUGUCCUCUCCUUCUGUAGGAUACACUACCCGUUGCCGCUGCCGUACGUGGGCAAGCCCGACCCAGCCGCCUUGCAGAAGGAAAUCAGGAGCCUUCGGUCGGAGCUAAGCGCCCUCACCUCUCAGGGCGUCGGCAAGUCUGCCGAGCUUGAAAUCCACCGCUUACGAGCAGAGCUGGCUCUCAUGAAGGAGGAGAAAGAGGCCAUCGCCAAGGUCCUGGAGCAACUGCAGCUCGGCGGAAGCGUUUCGACGCCCGGCGGACCUCAAGACUGGCGGGAUCGGGACGUGGUGAGGACCUUGCAGGAACAGCUGCUCAAGGAGAGGGCCAAGAGUCAGCGCUCAGCUAGCAAACGAUGCCAGGAGCAACGACUCCUCAUGGAGCAGCUGGAUGAGCUGAGGGCCUCGGAGUGCGCCCUCCGCCUGCAUGUCAAGAGUCUGACCAAUGAAGUGGCACUCUUACGCAGAAGUAGAGGGACGCCCUUGUCUGCCUGCGGGGGGAGGCUGGGUCAUUCGCACAACCCAGCCAGGGGUCGCUCAGGAUCCAGAGAGCGCAGAGGCGACAGAGCGCAAAGGUCAACGGAAAGAGGGAGAUCGGACUCAACAGGGCCACGCGCAAUCGUACGAAGGCAGUCACCUUCUCCCACCGGGUCCCGAGCACCUCGCUUUGACCCAACCGCUUACAUCCAGGACAAACAGCGCCGGCUAAGAGAAUCUGAACUGAAAAAACAGUUAAAGGUGCGGCGAGACUUAAUGAUAUCGCCAUCAUUGGUCCCCGAACGAGGGCGUUCCCGCUCCAGAGAGGCUUGUCCUCAGUUGAGCCGCGCCGGCAGCCGAGGAAGGAGUUUGUCCAGAGAGCGGCAAGGGAGUAGGAACUCCUCCGAGAGCUCCUUGGUGGAUAUGGAGGAAUUGACCAAAGCGCUGCUCAGAGGAAGGAAACAGACGUUCAAUGGCCCCAGUGCGUCCAGAGGAAGCCUGAUAUCCCGGAACCCCUUAAGCAGCACUCCAACGUACAGGAUGAAGGGCAAAGAGAGCUCUAUCGACACAGGCGCAGAACUGUCAGAGAUAGACGCCAGGCUGCAGGCCUUGCAGGAGUACAUGAGGGACUUGGACACAGGACAUUGACAGAUGGUGUAGCUUGCAGCCAAACAAAGCUCAUGUGCAGGACUCAAAAACCGAACGGCGUUUCCAGCUCUGGAUGCCAUUUUGUUUUUGUUUUUUUAUUUCUUCACCAUGGACCAGAAGCUCUACGAGACUGUUUAUGUUCAUGACCUCAAACGUCUGGAAACAAAAGCAGUCACCAUGUGUCUCAACUAUUUUUACAUGUGUUUUCAAUCUUUUUUAUUAACUUAAAAUAUGACUGUGAAUAAAUGUAGCUAUAAUCCCAACAAGUGGAUUUAACUCAA